AUGAGAUUGAAUUUUGGCAGGGUUUCUUUUGGGACCGGGAGGCCCCUCACUGACUUAGGGACAAGGAGCAGCCCAAGGGGCGGGAGCUGGGCGGGACCGGGAGCGGAGCGGCCGGUGACUACAACCUUAGGGGUAAGCGACCGGCUGGGCCGAGCGGAGCGGCCGGUGACUACAAGCUUAGGGGUAAGCGACCGGCCUAGACCCUGGCGGGGUGCGAACCGGAGGACUGGGGGCAACCGGAGCGGAGCGGCCGGGGUUGGUACAAGCUUAGGGGUAAGCAGCCGACCCAAGGGGAUAAAGAACAGUCCGGAAGGGGCGAGAGCUGGGCGGACCGGGAGCGGCCGGGGCGACUACAAGCUUAGGGGUAAGCGACCGGCCUGGACCGGGGCGGGGUGCGAACCGGAGGAGCGGCCGGGGCGACUACAAGCUUAG